AUGGGUCAAGAAAACCCGCGUGUUCCCACCUCCCCGGGCCUGGACUAUGAUGAGCUCUUCAGGUCCGUCUUUGACUGGGAACUCUACUGUGAUUCCACCCGGUCCUCCUCGGACCAGACCUCGUCCUCUUCCUCGUCUCCUUGCACCUCUUCCCUUGGCCGCAACAGCCACAGGGACCUCCCCUCGCUCAUCACUGAGAUCCAACCCUUCCUUGACCACCUCUCCCUCGACCGGGACGGGUCCGGGUACCUCACCAUGACCCCCGGCCUGAGCCCCGACCAUGGCGGGAGGACUAGCUCCGAGUCCAUGGGCCAGACUCCCCCAGAGCUCAUCCGCGGUGGCAGCACAUCCCCCUCUGAUUACUCGGGCUCCGUCUUCCUCGACGCCGCCGAUGAGGGACCCUACCGGCGCCGGCCCCAGGUCAGCCUCGAAGAGUUCCAGGCCCAGGAUGAUAAAUGGACCUACCCCCAGGCCAUGCCCAACAAGCACACCCCCCGGGGCUACCCACCUCGCAUCCAGGUUCGCGAGUCGUCAUCCCGCCGGGGUUCGCCCACCCAGAUGCAGACGCAGACGACAUCCGGCAUCAAGCGGCAGAGGUCCAGCAGUAGUAGCUUGGACAAGAGGUCGAGGCACCUCUCUGAUCCCGACCAGACGGCCGACGUCCGGAAGAGUGGGGCAUGCCUACCAUGCCGCAUCUCCAAGACCCGCUGUCAAGAUUGUGGCGUCUGUCCUCACUGCCGCAAGGCGUUCCCAGACCACUCGCACCUGGUCUGUACCCGUAGGACCCCUGCCGUGGCUCCGCCCGUGAUUCGUCAUGUCGCCGACGUCUGGUCCCCCAACCCCGCCGAGGAGCGUCGCUGCGUUGACGACCCUCGCUUUCCCACGGCCAAGCCCAGGGAUAUCCUCAUUUUCUUCACCCGCGAGCCCGAUGCUCCCUACCUCCGCGCAUCGGUCCAGGCCUACCAUUCUCAGAACGGUCUUGAUGAGAACCCCAGGAAUGCCGCUUUUGAGCGCGAUAGAUUCCCUAGCUACGCUGAACUGCAGCGAUGGGUUGAGGCCCAGAUCAAGCGUGAGCGCAGCAGCACCCACUUCGAGCAUGCCGUGCAAAACUUUUUGCUCUCCUACUCGGAGGGUGGCUAUGAUCUUCCCAAGCAUAAGCUCGUGUCCAAGGUCCACACUAUGAACUGCUUCUUCAGGAUCUGGAAGGCCCCUCCCUUCACCUGCUGCAGCUCAUCCAACAAGUUCUCUCAUGUUCCAUUUACCGUCCAAGCUGAGCUGAGGCGCAUCGCAUGGAAGGCACUUGUGUCUCAUGAGCACGAUAUCCUCAAGCUUCUCGAGGAGUGCUUGGCGCAGCAGGAACCUCUGAAGCCUCGCGAGAGAAUGGCUGUCUGGGCUAGCCUGUGGCAGCUCCUGCUCAUGUACAGGGAGCUUGUGAUCGCGCAUGACAACUUCUUCAUGCGUAACCCAAACGCUACAAGGGAUCCCGCCGUUGCCAUGCCUUAUGACACCCUAUACAACGUCUUCUUCCCCUUGAUUGCCAUCUUCUAUCACUGCCAGUUCAAGACUCCUAAGAGGCUGGAGAUGCCUAUGGACUGGCUCAAGGAAUCGGCAACCACUGGGUCGAGCCGCAUCGCUAGGAUCCACCAGUUCUCCAAAGAUAUGAUGAAUGCGAGAAAGGGAUUCUACGAGGGAAUCCAACGGUCGCCACAUAAGAUUGAUGAGAGGCUGAGCCUCCUAGUGGUCAGCCAUGAGCUUAAGAAGCUCUCUACCAAGAGACGUUCUAAGCCUUCUGGCAAAUCCAAGAGUGGUUCGUGCGAUGAUGGCUAG